AUGAUUAAAUUUUCUGUUCGUUCCUUUUUAACAACAUUAUUUCUUGUUGUACUAAAAUUUCAUAUUGUAAAGAAUGUAAAAAAUAAAUCAUGUUACCUAAAUACGUUUGGUGUAUCUCCUAUUGUAACAAAGCUAUUUCCUAAAUAUAUAGAUAAAAGUAUAAAUAGAAAAGUUCCUAUUACAUAUAAAAAAAGAAAAUUUAUAACAUUUUUAAAUAAUAAUAUAUAUGAAGAUGCCUACGAUAGAAUAAUGAACAAAUUAGAUUUAUUGAUAAAAGAGAGUUAUGAUAUUACAGAUCAUAUUAAUACUUUUAAAGGUUUUUUAAGGAAAUAUCUAGAUGAAAUAAAAAAGCAUAAAUCUUGUUCUUCACAAGAUUUCUUAAAUAAUUUUUUAAUUUAUAUUGAUACAUUUAAAAAAUACAAAAAUUAUGAGUUUCCUAAUAUUCAUAGAUAUGAUCAAACGUUAUAUGAAUGGUCUUUAAAAUUUUGGUCUGAGUUGAUAGACAAAAAAAAUUCGAAAUUUCUUGGUAUUUCAAAUAUAAAAAAAAUAGAAGAAUGGAGAGAUAAAGGACAUAAUAUAAUAAUAUUUAGUAAUCACCAUAUUGAAGCAGAUGCAAAUAUAAUAAAAUAUUUUUUUCACAUUCAAGACUCUGAACAAAUUUCAAGAAAUAUUAUUUUUAUAGGUGGACAUAAAAUUAGAGUGGAUCCUUUGUCAAGACCAUUUAGUGUAACAGCUAAUCUUUUAUGUAUAUAUUCGAAAAAAUAUAUUGAGAAUCCUCCACAUUUAAGAGAAGAAAAAACUUUAUUUAAUCAUAAAUCAUUAAAUGUUUUACGAAAUUUAUUAAAUAAAGGGAAGCAAAUUAUUUGGCUUGCUCCAAGUGGAGGGAGAGAUAGAAAAGGAGCUGAUGGAAAAAUACACAUUUCCCCUUUUGACCCUAAAAUUAUACAAACAUUUAAUGUUUUUGCGAAAAGAUCCAAGGUGAAAACACAUUUUAUAGGAUUAGCUCUGAAUACUUAUAAUAUAUGUCCACCACCCAAUACAAUUGAUGUAGAUGAAAUUGAAAAAGAGAGAACUUGUAAUUACUCACCUGUAUACUUAAAUUUAGGGCAAGAUAUUUUUGAUUUAUAUCCAAAUAUGGAUGAGGGACAAAUAACAACAUAUCUUUAUAAUUAUGUAAAUCAAUUGUAUAAACAAAUCAGUUGA